AUGGUGAUAUGUUUGGACCUGUGUCCUCACCGCUCCUUCAGGAAGUUCAGCUUCAUCCGCGACCCCCAGAACGAGCUCCUCGGCGCCAUGCAGACCAUGCAGAAGAUCCGGCCUCGGGAGAGCCAGCGGAGCCACUACGCCCUCUACGGCAAGCAGCCUGUAUCGGGCAGUCAGUCCAUCACGUUGGAAGGACAGACGCUCUACCACUGGGCAACCUUGACACGGCCUGCCUUUUCCUUUGAUGCAAAGAUGCGAAUGGAGGGCGCCCUGAAGGGCGACCCCGCCUGGACGAUUUCGAUGCAGCUUGGGUUGCCACCCCCGAGAUGGGUGGUGCGCAACCGGAAGGGUGGAGCAGCGGUGGUGCCUAGAAGCGGCGACAAAAAGUACCAUGAGUACGUCAUUGCGCCUGGGGUGGACCCUGGACUGGUGGUCUGCGGAACCUUUGCGCAGCUGCUGGCGUUGGACGAGCUCCGACUCAGCAGCUGA